GAAACGCUUUGUUGAUCUGUGUUGAAUGAGCAAACACCCGGAGCCAUGCCAAAGCGGUCCAGGUUCACUCGCGUUGACACCCUGAGCGACGCAGAGUUGGAUGAGAGGGAACGAGAAUUGGAAACCGAGUCCUGGCAGAGAAGAGGUCAUGGAACACCCAAGAGGUCCUGGCAGGUAACCGGAUUGAACCGCCUUUUUUUCCACAGAGGAAUCGUUGGAAUCGUGGGAUCUUCUCGGCAAUUUUGUGGGGUGUGCAUGAGUAUGUGGAUGAGAUACGUUGUACAUGUGAAAAUAGACAUAACAUAACUUAAUUGGACGUCCCUGUUUAUCGUGAUGCCCGCCGUCAAGGCACUCCGUCAACGGAAUGAAGCGCUGAAUUCCAAAAGGAGUUCCCUUGGAGAGAAGUUCACACCCUUGGGCGACCAUCAGAAAUUCAAGGAGAUGCAAAAUUUCAAGCAGCUCCGAGACAGGGAAAGAUAUCUCCUCCAGGAAGUUCAGGAAGAGAAGCGCCGACGAGCUGAGAAGGCAGAGGCGCAAAGGGCCACAGCACCGAACGCAGAGAUGUCAGCGGCCAUCGCCGAGUACUUUGCGCAGCAGAAGCAGUCAGGACCUGCCGAGAAGGCCGAAAAGGCUGCUCGGAAGAUGUCUGCAAGCAUUGCCAAGACAGCACAGAUCCAUCCUUCGUUGGCCAGUGUCUAUGCAAAUGCAGCGCCGGCGGCACCCGCUGCACCGGCUUCGGCUUUCGCGGCAGCGGCCGUUCCGCAGCAGGAUGCAGGUGCCUAUGAAAUGGAUCCUCAGCAAGCCGCAGCUGUCACCACCGUGCCCCCUGUGUCCACGUCCGCGGCGCCGGCACCCAGCUGGGCGGCGGUGGCCGCACUGCCCGCCGCCUUCCGGGCCCGGGCGCUGGCGACCAUGGCCGAACGGCGCGCGUAG